AUGUAUCGUGUCUGUGUGUUCAGAUCUCAGAACGUCAUCGCCUUCUUCAUUGCUUGAAAACCUGCUUUAAGGGUCGGUUCACUCAAACAACUUGUCUCGUCCUGCAGAUAGUUGUGGUUUUAUUUGUCCGUGAGAUAUCCGUCUCUGAGAGUUCUGCCACUACACUGGAGGAUGUGGUAGACUACCUGGUAAAACUUGACAGAGAAAGACAUCAGUCUUCAACAGUCAACAUCGACGCAAAAUGGAGAUUGCAUCGCUCUUUCUAACGCUCACCACACUGCGCGUCACUCCAAACAGAUCUCAGUUCUUUCUGGAAGAAGCCAUCUCUCUGAGCUGUUCGUCACCUGCCGACUCCAGUGGCUGGAUAGUGACCAGAAACACCACCUUUAGGACGUCUGAGGCAUGCAAGAUUCCCUGGAGGAUCCCAAAUGAGUCCUCCUGCACCAUUAAGUAUGCCUUCCCAUCAGACACUGGAGUGUACUGGUGUGAGUCUCAGCAGGGGGAGCGCAGCAACACCGUCAACAUCACAGUGACCAAAGGCGUCGUGAUCCUGGAGAGCCCGGCACUUCCUGUGACAGAGGGAGACGAUGUGACACUUCGCUGUUCCUACAAGGAAGAAAAUCAAGAUGAAUCUACAUCAGAUUUCUCUGCUACGUUCUACAAAGAUGAUGUUUUCAUCGGUACCGAGCCCGCAGGACAGAUGGUCCUCCCCGCAGUGUCCCGGUCUAACCAAGGCUUCUAAAAGUGUAAACAGAGGUGACGUUCUGCCCCUGUAUAUAUAAAAGGAGAGUCACCAAACAGCUGGCUGGCUGUGA